AAGAAUAAAUUCACACGAUGCGUUAUCCAAAACAUCACGAGCGUGUAUUUGUUUACCUCUGUCUCGUUCCUUCACCCAUAAUAUUAUUAACAAUAUAGUACCUAUAGUAAAGCUGUAAAAGUUGUUGCCGUCUCUGCAGCUCGACCGCACGUCUUCAGCGACAUGGCCAAUAACAAUAAGCUGGAUUUGGUCACUUCGGAUUUGUUCAACGACCAAGUCACUCUGGGUCUGUUGACCGUUCUCGAAAACACUGCUGGAGUGAGAAAUCUGACGGUCAAACAGAGUCUGCCGUGUGACAAGGCCAAAAUAAGCUUGUGGGAGCAGCGGAACGGGUGUCUGCUGCCGGAUGACGUCAGGUCGUUUUACGCGUCGUGCGACGGGUUCAAGUUGACUUGGUCGUACAGAGUCGAAGGCAUCACGUCUGACGUGACGGCUGCUGCCAUCGGCGGUGCGUCCAACUUGCCCAUCGGAAACAUCACCGUGAACCCACUGUCCGAUCUGGUCCGGCUGUGCGACGUCAAAUCGGACACGGUCAACGUAAACGUGAUGCGUGACCUGCAGCUGCUGGACCGGCUGUCUGACAGGAACACGCCGGACUUCACGGAGAACUCGAAGAUAUUCGAGCUGGACUCGAGCUCGGACGUGGGCCACGUGUGCUUGGUGUACCUCGACGACCGGGCGGCGGCGUCUGCGUCGGCGACCAGGCCGGAAGUGCAUCCGCGCGAAGAGCCCAGUGGAGCGUCGGUUUGGCUGCUGGACACCACGUACCGCUGGCACUUGCUCGCCCCGAACUUCAGCAACUAUUUCAGAAAGGCGCUGGUGCACAUGGGCCUGCCCCACUGGCAACUGAAAUUCACCGACAUGGGACUCACGUCUAUCGGCGAGUUUUUCAUGAAUUUGGUGGCCCCUCAAUUGAACGUGACCGAUCGAGUUCCUGUAAUUGGCCAAUUGGACGACGAUGAACAGUCUACCACAGAUAGCGCACCGCUAAACCACUUUGAUCCUAGUAUUUUAAAAACCACGUUCAAAAUGUCCAAAAGUAAAAAAAAUGCAAUCAAAUAAGAGUUUCAGUUUGAACUGAGUUAUUUAUUUGUUGAUUUUAUUUAACUGACAGUUAAUAUAAUAUAACAAAAUAGUUUGAAAAAA